UUUCAGAAAACUCAUUUUGGUGAGUUUUAUUACAAGUCGAAGUGAUUAGAUUUUCAUUCAUUACUCCGUUAUCUUAUUAUAUAAAAGGACCACCGAAGGGCAAAUUCCGAUUCCAACGCUCAUGAUUCAGCACUUUACGUACAGGUAGACUUCUUAUGAUACCGAAUCGAUUUAUAUUAUUGAUAUUUUCGGCUGCUGUUAUUGCGUAUUCUUGCAUGUUUCUGCGCAAGCUUCUCUGCAUUAGCAUAUUAUGCUAUUGAUAAUUUAUUGUCUGUUUAUCAAUUGUUUUUCAGCUUGGGAUUCACAAAGUAAAGUUGUCCCAUUUGCAGCUACAAUGGCAACUGGUCCGGGCAAUGCAGAUUGGAAAUCGGCCAAGUCCAUUUAUGAUUUCUCUGCAAUUGACAUAGAUGGAAAUGAGGUAUCCUUGGAAAAAUAUCGGGAUCAUGUCACUCUGAUCGUAAAUGUGGCAUCAAAGUGAGGGUUAACCUCCUCCAACUACGCCCAGCUGCAGGACCUCUACGAGAAAUAUUCCGUAUCGAAGGGCCUACGCAUUCUGGGUUUUCCAUGCAAUCAGUUUGGAGGACAGGAACCUGGCACUGAAGCCGAAAUAAAAGAAUUUGUGAAGCAAUACAAUGUCCAGUUUGAUAUGUUCAGCAAAAUCGAUGUCAAUGGGAAGAACACGCACCCCUUGUGGUCUUACUUGAAGAACAAGAUGGGUGGAAUGAUGGGCAGCUUCAUUAAAUGGAAUUUUACUAAAUUUCUCAUUGAUAAAAAUGGGCAGCCUGUAAAGAGAUAUGGUCCACAAGAAGCUCCUAAGGACAUUGAGCCCGAUUUGCUAAAGUAUUUUGAUGCAUAAACUUUGAUUAAUCCGUGUCUGGCAGAUCUUCAAAAGGAAAGGCUGUAGAGAGCCAAUGACGACCGUCCCUCAAACCACUGAUCAUGGCUGGGAUGAGUUUGAUGUUUACUUCUAGCAGCAGCUUGUUUUGAAGGGAUGCAAAAUAUGGAUUCUGCUUUACUAUUUAUCAUAUAUUUGCUUGUCCAUUUUUGAGAAUAAAUAUUUUAUUUCUUUUCAAA